AUGAAGGAAGAAAAAGAGGCGCGGGACGGCACACCGCCCUUCCCCCUCCGCCGCCUCCAGCGCCACCGAUAUGCGGGCUACAAACCAACAGUCUACUAUCCGCGCUCACCGUCAAAACAGCUCUACAAGAAUUUGGUCACGCAGUGCGAAAAAAUGGGGAUUGCCUUCCUCUCCUAUAUUCCGUCUGAUGAUAACCAGUCAACGAACUCGCGGGUUCACUACCGCAAAUUUAGCAGAGCUGCGAGUCUCCACGGCUGGAUGAAAGACCGCGCCACUACGGUGGUGCGGGAGAGACCGCAGAGAAGUCUGGAACAAUGUGUCAGUGUGAAAAUUCUUGAGUCGUCUUAUGAUCUCAUUGUGGAUGCACUUUUUGGUUUCGGCUUCCGUCCCCCACUGAAGCCGGAUUUUGCUGAGACUGUUCAAAGAAUUGCAAGUUUGAAGGUGCCCCUUGCUUCUAUCGAUGUGCCUUCAGGCUGGGAUGUCGGCGAGAAGACGGAGACCACGGACCUUCUACAGCCAGAUUGCUUGAUCUCACUCACGGCACCAAAACUCUGCGCUCAUCGGUUUACCGGUCGCUUCCACUUUCUUGGUGGUCGAUUCGUUCCUCCACUUUUGGCGGACAAGUAUAAUCUGUGUCUGCCACCGUAUCCGGGCGCCUCUCCAGUAGUGCUUCUGAAGGGACCCCAAUUGGGUGACCUCCAGACGCCCAAUAAGUUUGAUGGGGAUCUUUCCACCUUUAAGAAGCCCUGUGUGGCAGCGCACUGUUGUUUUGGAACAACUACGUUAGAUUUUCUUGUCUCUCACGGUUCGGUAUGGUACUGUGUCACUCGCCCAGAGUUAAACGAUUUCCAGUCCAAGGCUCUUGGUUUAAUCACCGUCAAUGGUUGUCGAGUGCAGCUGCAGCUAGAUGCCGCCCUGGCCAUCACCGUUAUAUUGUAA